UCUUGAAUCAUCCGGGAGCGGCGGGGGCAUUGCUGCUGCUGCCUCCGCCGCCGCCUAAGCGGGGGAAAGAGGGAGCGCGCCUGGUCGUCGUCUCCUCCGCCUCCUCCCGCUCCUCCACACAAGCAGAGCGAGGCCCGGGGCUCCACAAGACCCCGCGGAGGGGCCUGCGGCGGAAGGGCCGUCCCCCCACCCCCCCUGCUUGGCCUGAGCCUGCCCUUUUGGGGUAGGAGGGUGGCGGCGGCGAAGGCGAGAGGAACUGGGACUUCAGCUGGAGAAGGAGGAAAAGGAGAGGGCGCGAUUAAAACAUGAGAGCUGCGGCUCGGUGAAGCGGGUCUGGGGAGGGGGAGAAGGAGAGGGGGCGCCUGAGGGGAUCAGGAGCCCUCCCUCGAGCAGCUCUUCAGUGGCCCUUUGCUGCUUCUUCGACGGAGUGCCUGAGAGAGGACCGAGGAGGUGCAGAAAGCGGGCGCUAACCCCCGCGACUUACUCCUUCGGAAGCCUCUUACUCGGACUGCUGCUGCAGCGCCCAGCACCCCUCCCCAGCCGCAGCUCGCUCCUUCUCGCCCUCUCAAGCUGCUAGUUUCUUCUCGCCUUCCUCCCUGCCCCCCUAAUCCCAGCCCCGGCUAACACGCGCACACCUCUCUCUCCCCACCCCCACUCCCUUUCGCACUCCAUGAGAAUCCCUCUCCUCUUUAAUCCGCUACCACCACCUUCUAAGGAUCCUAAUCUGUCUAUAGGAUGAUCCUUGAAGAAUCCGAGGGGCCCACAGUGCUCCAUUAUCAGACUGGAAUAUAGAUGAGAAAGUGGGGUCGUGGUGGUGGUGGUAAUCACCCACAUUUCCCUCCCCACACUCCCUUUUUCUUGAUGGUGGUACUUCAUAACCACUAUCAUGCAGUAAAAUCAUACCCUUUUUGUAAAUAUAUAUAUAAGUAUUUGGGGAGAGAAGGGUGUUAGGAUUUUUUUUUAUUUUUAUAUAAUAUAUAGCCAGAUUUUGCCAUCACAAACCGUGCUUCAGCACAAGUGAAUGAAAAUGUCCACUAGAACUCCAUUGCCUACGGUGAAUGAACGCGAUACUGAAAAUGAUGCCGGAGCAUCAGUAGGGGAAAGCUUUUGUGAAAAGCACACCUCUCAUGGUGACGGACGCCAAGAAGUUUCCUCUCGAACUGGCCGUUCCGGGGCCCGCUGUAGGAAUUCUAUAGCUUCCUGCGCAGAUGAACAACCCCAUAUUGGGAAUUACCGACUUCUUAAAACGAUUGGAAAGGGCAAUUUUGCAAAAGUGAAACUGGCCAGACACAUCCUUACUGGCAGAGAGGUUGCAAUAAAAAUAAUUGACAAAACUCAGUUGAAUCCAACUAGUCUACAGAAGCUGUUCAGGGAAGUAAGAAUAAUGAAGAUUUUAAAUCAUCCCAAUAUAGUUAAAUUAUUUGAAGUAAUUGAAACUGAAAAAACACUCUACUUAAUCAUGGAGUAUGCAAGUGGAGGGGAGGUAUUUGACUAUCUAGUUGCACAUGGACGAAUGAAGGAAAAGGAGGCAAGAGCUAAAUUUAGACAGAUAGUAUCUGCAGUGCAGUAUUGCCACCAAAAGCAUAUUGUUCACAGAGAUCUCAAGGCUGAAAACCUAUUGCUUGAUGCAGACAUGAACAUUAAAAUAGCUGAUUUUGGCUUUAGUAAUGAGUUUACAGUUGGAAAUAAACUGGAUACAUUUUGUGGCAGCCCUCCAUAUGCUGCUCCAGAACUCUUCCAAGGCAAGAAGUAUGAUGGCCCUGAAGUAGACGUCUGGAGUUUAGGUGUCAUUCUUUACACUCUUGUGAGUGGUUCUCUGCCUUUUGAUGGACAGAAUCUAAAGGAACUGAGGGAGAGAGUGCUGAGAGGCAAAUACAGGAUUCCUUUUUACAUGUCAACAGACUGUGAAAACCUGCUAAAACGUUUCCUGGUGCUAAAUCCGACUAAAAGAGGCACUCUUGAGCAAAUUAUGAAGGACAGAUGGAUCAAUGCAGGGCAUGAGGAUGAUGAACUUAAACCUUUUGUUGAACCAGAGCUAGACAUCUCAGACCAGAAGAGAAUAGAUAUAAUGGUUGGAAUGGGGUAUUCUCAAGAAGAAAUACAUGAAUCCCUUAGUAAAAUGAAAUAUGAUGAAAUCACUGCUACAUAUUUGCUACUGGGGAGGAAAUCAUCAGAGUUGGAUGCCAGCGACUCGAGCUCCAGCAGCAACCUUUCACUAGCUAAAGUCAGGCCAAGUAGUGAUCUCAACAAUAGCACUGGACAAUCUCCACAUCACAAAGUGCAGAGAAGUAUAUCUUCCAGUCAGAAGCAGCGACGGUACAGUGACCAUGCUGGUCCCUCUGUUCCUCCAGUAGUGGCAUAUCCAAAAAGAAGUCAGACUAGCACUACCGACAGUGACCUCAAAGAAGAAGGGAUUCAGUCGCGGAAAUCUAGUGGCACCGCUGCUGGAGGAAGAGGAAUUGCGCCUGCCAGCCCCAUGCUUGGCAAUGCCAGCAACCCAAACAAAGCUGAUAUUCCUGAGCGUAAGAGGAGCUCUGCUGCACCCAAUAAUAACACUGCACCUGGAGCCAUGACACGGCGAAAUACAUAUGUUUGUAGUGAAAGAACAACUGCAGACAGACACUCAGUCAUUCAAAAUGGCAAGGAGAGCAGUACUAUACCUGAUCAAAGGACACCAGUUGCUUCAACUCACAGUAUCAGCAGUGCAACAACGCCUGAUCGCAUCCGUUUUCCAAGAGGAACUGCGAGUCGUAGCACUUUCCACGGGCAGCUCAGAGAACGGCGCACUGCUACUUACAAUGGGCCCCCUGCAUCGCCCAGUCUGUCUCAUGAGGCAACGCCACUUUCACAGACGCGAAGCAGGGGCUCCACUAACUUGUUCAGUAAAUUGACCUCAAAGCUGACAAGAAGAAACAUGUCAUUCAGGUUUAUCAAAAGGCUCCCAACUGAAUAUGAGAGGAACGGGAGAUAUGAGGGCUCAAGUCGGAAUGUAGCUGUUGAUCAAAAGGAUGACAACAAGGAAGCCAAGCCCCGUUCACUACGAUUUACUUGGAGCAUGAAAACCACCAGUUCCAUGGAUCCUAAUGACAUGAUGAGGGAAAUUCGUAAGGUCUUGGAUGCCAAUAACUGUGACUAUGAACAAAGGGAGCGUUUUUUGCUUUUCUGUGUCCAUGGGGACGGCCACGCAGAAAACCUCGUGCAAUGGGAAAUGGAGGUGUGCAAGCUGCCAAGACUGUCACUGAAUGGAGUUCGCUUUAAACGGAUAUCGGGAACAUCCAUAGCUUUUAAAAACAUUGCUUCCAAAAUUGCCAAUGAAUUAAAGCUGUAAUGAGAAGAUCAAUCAAGUUUGUAAAUUUAAAGUAGCUAUUUCGGGGUGGGGGGGUUGUUUUUUUUUUUUUUCUGAGAACCCCAAUGGAAAUGUAUAGAAUAAUACUUAGGGCAAUAACUUCUGCAUCUUCUGGAUCAUGACAUUAAAACAGUUGAGACAAGCUGCUGAGCUGGGAGGGAGAGUUGGACUUUUUUUAUAAGUGCACUACAGCAUUAAAGUUGCCUACUAUGUAAAA